CACACUCCAGGCACCAUGGACCAAAGGGGCAUCCUGCUGCAGAACCUGGAGAGGGCCCAGGGCAAGAAGCUCAGCCCAGGAGAGUUUGCAGAGGAGUUUUUGAAGCUGAAGAGACAGUCAACAAAGUACAAAUCAGAUAAAAUCUAUCCUACAGCAGCAUCUGAGCAGCCAGAGAAUGUCAAGAAGAACAGAUACAAGGACAUCUUACCUUUCGACCACAGCAGAGUGGAGCUGUCCCUGAUUACCUCGGACACAGAUUCUCAUUACAUCAAUGCCAACUUCAUCAAGGGUGUCUAUGGGCCAAGAGCAUACAUUGCAACCCAGGGUCCUCUCCCCACUACUGUCACUGACUUCUGGAGGAUGAUUUGGGAGUAUGAAGUCCUGGUUGUGGUCAUGGCUUGUAUGGAGUUUGAAAUGGGGAAGAAGAAAUGUGAGCGGUACUGGGCGGAGGUGGACGGCUCCCCCCUGCACUGUGGCCCUUUCUCCAUCACCUGUGAGGCUGAGGAGAAGAGGAAUGAGUAUGUGAUUAGGACUUUAAAGGUGACCCUGAAUGAGGCGACCCGCACCAUCCACCACCUCCACUACAGAAACUGGCCGGACCACCACGUGCCCUCCUCCAUCCAGCCCAUCCUGGAGCUGGUCAGGGACAUUCGCUGCUACCAGCCCGAUGACAGGGUCCCUGUGUGCAUCCACUGCAGUGCUGGCUGUGGCAGAACUGGUGUCAUCUGUGCCAUUGACUACACCCAGAAGCUGCUGAAGGAUGGGAUUGUCCCAGUGAACUUCAGUGUUUUCAGUCUGAUCCAGGAAAUGCGCACGCAGAGACCUUGCAUCGUGCAGACCAAGGAGCAGUAUGAGCUGGUUUACGACGCAGUGAUCGAGCUCUUCAAAAGGCAGAUCCAAGCACUCGAUGCCCAGAAAGAUUCUGCUGCUUCACAGGAAGGAGCAGGGCAUCCUGCAGCCAAGCCAGUCCUGGCUCCAGUGGAGGACAUUUAUGGCCUGAGUUCACUCACCUGCUCUGAGCGAGAGGAGCAGACUCCAGAGCAGCAUCUCCCUGUGCAGCAGGAUGGGCACCAACAUCUCGCUCCGGGGGCACAGAGCAAAGCGUCCUUGCCCUCGCUGUGUGCCCCAGGGGCACAGCACAGCUCUGCCCAGAGAGUUCCCCCCAUCAGACAGGCCAUCUCCUUCGGGGCUCUCAACUCCAGCAGCUGCAGGAGGGCAGCAGCCAGCGAGCCCUGGGGUGCUGGGGAUGCUCCUCAGAAGCGCCGCAGCUGGGAGCUGGAGCUGGAGCCAAAGGGAGCAGGCAGGAGGGGGCCUGGUGCCAGAGCACCUCUGGCAUGGACUGUAUCCACCCCUCUAGGGCUGGGGCAGUGGGGAGAAGGCUGGCAAUGGGAUGCAGAAGAUGCCAAGCCUGUUGGGAGCCCACAGUCCACUCACUCGAGCUUCCAGGACGGAUUUUCCUCUGCGGACCUGAAGCCCUCCAGACGAGCAGCAGAUGUUCCCCCAGGACACAGGAACCAGGGGCAAUGCCCUCACCCUCACCUGUGCUCAGCAGAAGACCCCUACUUCUCCUCACUCUCUCCAGACCACCCUACAUCCCCCGUGUUUCCCUUCCUGGAGGGGCAGGAUGAGCUGCUCCCUUCGUGCUCUGCCAGUGCCCCGCUGCAGCCCAGCUCCCCAUCACCCCAGCACGCUGCCCCCAGCCAGGACAGGACCUUCCCCUCGGCCCCUCUGCCCCAGCCUGAUGAUGAUGAUGCUCCUCCACCCCUGCCCCAGCGCACCCCCGAGUCCUUCAUUGUGGCCAGUGACUCAGGACAAUUUCCUCGGGCCACUUCGGAUUUCCAGCUUCCAGACAGAAACCCAAAUAUUGGAACCUCCUGGGAGUGGAGUGGUGAGUCUCACUCAGAGGGGUUUCAUGACCCUGUGAGACUGAGACCAUGUAAGAGUGUGAAGCUUUGGAGCCCACGAACAGAGACAGCCCAGGAUCGCUCUCAUUCUCCCCCUCCACUUCCUGAAAGAACCCCGGAGUCGUUUGUUCUCGCUGAGGCAGCAAGUCUGCAGCCUGCUGCAAGAAAUUCCUCGAGUCCUGCGGGUUUGGAGAACAAGGGCUCAGAAACAUCAUCCAAAGAACUCCUGAAAUGCUUCAGGAGGAGCAAGAGCUUGAAAAUAUUGAAAAAUGUGAGAAAAAGCAUUUGGAGUCCAUCUUCACUGACAAAGUCAUCAGAACCUGUCCCCACAAACUCUCCAAGGUCUUUCCUUAACUUUGGCUUUGCAAAUCGAUUUUCAAAACCCAAAGGACCAAGAAAUCCACCCCCAGCAUGGAAUAUUUAGAUGUAUUUUAUAGACUUGGCGUUGCAGAUUUGUGAAGUCAUCCUGAAAUACUUGGAAUGCCUGUCCCAGUGAAGCUUCCACCAAAAUAAACACAUCCAAAG